AUGGAGGCCACGCUGUUUCGUCGUGACCGGACGACGAGGCGCUGCUCGUCUCCCCUGAGCACCGUGGUGUCCGUGUCGUCGGCCUCUUCCUCCUCCCUGGUCCGGUGCGCGUCCGAGUCGGCACUACAGCGAUGCGGGGCCCCGCCGUCCACGCCCGUGGCCACCGUGCGGCGGGUUUCCCGAGCCGACAGCGCGCGUUCGGAACGCGAGUCGGAGUCUUCGACAUCCACGGCGAGCCGGCACCGCGAAGCAGACAGUCGGCCCCACAGCGCCAUCCGGAGACGCAGUGCGUCCUGCUCGCCCCGCUCGUCGCUGGCGUCGUCGGCCCUGUCGGACGACUACCCCGGAGCUCCUCGACCAUCGCUCAUCGUCAGGAUGAACGCGUGCACCUUGCUCAGGCAGGGGGAGCUGGCGCGUCGCCGAGAUGCCGAGCGGCGCGAGCAGCACGACAGAGCGUGGGCCGAGCGGCGCAGGCAGCUGGGCAGGGCGCAGCUCAGCGACCGACUCGAGAUGCUGCAGCGGCGGGCCCCGGAGCCCGGACCCUCGGUCAAGGAGAGGCUCAGGGCUCUCAGGCAGAGUGCGCUGGAGCGUGAGGCCGAGUACAAGCGAGAGAUACAGAGUAUGGAGACACGCGUCCGAGCCAUGCCCCUGCUCCUGGAACGGCAGGCUGUGAGCACUGAAUGA